GAGACGAACGCCGGGGAAGUUUCAGAGCUACGUCUCUAGAUCAAGAAGAUGGAUGACAAUAUGAAGGCUUUUCAAGAAAGAUUGACGGCUCUUGAAACUGAAGGAGAGCAGUUACUUCUAGCUCGGCAUCAGGUGGUUGAAAAUGACAGACUAAGGAAUGGAACAAGGGAGGCACUUACGGCGAUAAGGAAGAGGGCUCGAACGACGAAAACAAGUCUGCCAUCGCCUUUCGAGUCCAUAAUGAAGGACAUAGCGACAGGGCUGAUGGUGAAGGAGGUCUGUACGACGUGUGGCGAUCAUGACUCGGAGGAGAGGACAUGGAUGACGUUCCCAGGAGCUGAUGUUUUUGUAAGGGUUCCGUUUCAUGCUGCUCACACCAUUCUGGAGACGGAUCAGGAAAGACUCGACUACGAGGCCAAGAAGUUGCAGAGUUAUGUGAAAGAGAAGUCGCUUUUGAUUUCAGAGCAAGGUGCUCUGUCUGAUAAGAUAGGCCCCAAUGUCCUUAGAUCUUGUUACCUUAACAGACAAAUCCAAGUGAGCUGGUUUUUCUUAUGUUUUGGAUCCUGUCAGAAUCCAGUUUAUUGUACUUACAGUUGGCUGGUUUCUUUGAAUGGAAUGUGCUCAUCAUUGACUUGAAUAGGCUCUGCAUAGUGUCUAUUGGCAUCCACAC